AAAACGUUUGCGUUUGCGUCACCGAACGUUUGAAUUUGUUUUGCUGUUAAAUUUGAGCUGAACUAGAAUUAACAAAAAUAAGCCUUAAAAGCUGUAUUGAGAAGCCUGGGUUGUUUUAAUAUAUUGUAUUUAAGUAAUUGGUACUCAAAACUGUUAAUCGAUAACCAUGGACCCCAACGAUAUAGACUUAGAAUCUAAAUGCGAGAAUCUGAUGAACAUAGUCGUAGAAUCAAGAAAAAGGUUUGGCAGAACGUGCGUAGACUACUUCCAAAAAUGUUUGUUGGUGGAGAACAAACUAUUGAAUUUACAAGUCGAAACGAUUUCCAACUGUCGUUUAAAACCUAAAAAUGCUGUUCCAAGUGUAGACGAUGAUAAUUCUAAGGAUUUGGAAGAUUUAUUCGUUGAAAUUGCUGAGAAACAAAAGCGUAUUGAGAACUUGAGGAAAAAAUUGAAGAAUACGCAUGAAGUUGUGUUGCAACUAGAAGCCGAUGCGGUUGGAAGGAAACUGCGCGUACCUCUUACUGCUGAAAGGAUGCUUGCACAAGCGAAAGCUAAGAAAAUAUAGCCCUAUAAGUGUAUAAGAAGUAAUUUCCGGUCCUUUCUUAUUUAAAAAUGAAAAAGUAGCUGUGUCUGUCUCUUGCAGGCUUUCAAGCUAUAACUAUUGAACCGAUUUAAAUGAAAUUUUGUAAAUAGGUAGUAUAGAAACUCGGAAAGGCCAUGAGCUACACUUAAUCCAGUUGUAGGAAGCGGUUCCCUGCUCGAUGAAACUUGGGAACCUCUAAUUUAGAGUAUGAUUUUAUUAAUAAACAGGUACAGGCAUGGUCAAUGAAUGAGGAUGAGUCAGGAAGGUAUUGCAACAUAACUGAAAAAGGAGAUGACUAAAGAAAUAAAUGGACUGUGUAAGUCGAUAUGGCUAGAAGGAAUGUUACUUAUGAUGUGACGGCAGAUAGAGUAUGGAAAAAGACACUGUGCCAAUCACAAAUUUUAAUAAGAAAUUGGGAUAAGGGCAGAACGAUGAUGAUGAUUUAAUCCUAGCAUCACAUCCAGUCCUUUUAAAACCACAUUUCAAAUGGACAUUGACUAAAAGUGAAUUAAACUGUAUGUAUUGUGAAGAGUUUUGUCUCUAGGAGCCUAGCCAACAGGUUUUUUUUGUAAUAUAAUAUUUAAAAAUGUAAGAAAGCAGCCGAGCCACCAUGAAAGUUUGCAAUAUCCACUGAUCCACUGAUAUUGAAUGCAUUGGUAGGCUUUAUUAUA